GAUGCUUUUUGACCCCGCCACACACUGUCUGUGCCCUUAGAAAAAAACAAAUUGUCCCAUUCAAAGAAGCAAAACGGACAAGGAGGACUUAAAACUACCCAAAUAUUUGAUGGACUAUUGCAACUGCAUCGUUUAAUUAACUGACCUUAGUUUUUCGUGAGAAACACCAGAGAUUUGCCUCGUUAAAAGGUGACCAUCAUUGGAUUGUCUUUUGACAGAGGUGUUGCAGCUAGCUGAAGGCGCUCAGACGAGCAAGAAGAAACAAAAGACGGGACACGUCGCGCUUUACUCUCUCCCUUUCCUCGCACCCAACUUGGGGCCAAAGUCACGAACAAAUCGGCGGAGAUGCAGCUGCCAGUUACCUUGAGUUAAAUGGUAGUUCAUGAGAGGAGAGUGCAAGUUUGGCCAAGGACGAGGAGAAAGAAGACGGAUUCCCGAAGCGGAGGGACAGGACGGGGAGUGGACAUGUCUUUUUGGGCGAUACUACCUGUCAGUCUGCCUGCCUUGACCAUCACUGGAAUUUGGGUUGUGUACGCUAUGGCCUUGUACAACCAGCAUGUCUGCCCUGUGGAUAACUGGCUGUAUAACCAGUCAUGUGAGGAGGAGCUUUAUCUACAGAGUGGACCAACUUUGUGCUGUACUCUGGACAAUGUUCCUCUCAUCAGUAAAUGUGGAACUCUUCCUCCAGAAAGCUGCUUCUUCAGCCUCAUCUGCAGCACUGGAUCCUUCAUGGUAAUAGUGAUAGUCCUCCUGCGUUAUGCCCAUGUGAUAGAGAAGCAUCAGAACUGUGUGUUGAACACAGCAGGCCUUUCCACUGGCUGGAUCUGUGCUGCAGGACUCAUCAUGGUCGGAAACUUCCAGGUGGAUAAUGCUAAGAUCCUCCACUAUGUGGGUGCAGGGGUAGCGUUCCCCACCAGUAUGCUGUUUGUGUGUCUGCAGUCAGCUCUAACCUACAGGCUGGCCAAGACUCAGGGAGAAUACAGCCUGGCUCACCUACGACUGGGCAUGACACUACUGGCCUUCAUCACGUUGGUGCUUAGUGGCGUGUUCUUUGUCCAGGAGAGCUUCGUCCUGCAGCACGCGUCGGCCAUCUUUGAGUGGGUGUUCUGCGUCACCAUCAUGCUCUUCUACGGAACCUUUGCCUUCGAGUUUGCCGGUGUCACAGGAGAUACUGUGAUGGUGCUCGCCAGAGGGGGAGCCCUGGGGCCAAAUGGGAGAGACCACAAAGCAGAGUCCCUAGGAGGUCCCAUUCCGCACCCCCCUGAGAGCAUGUCAAUGCUGUAGUCCCUGGGAGAGAGGCCAGAAAGCUGGCCUGUGCCAUUAUCAAUCUGGGGUAGGUGGAGGGACUUUUGAGUAUCCAUCGCUAAUACACCAAAACACCCCCAUUCCAGGGUGUGAAGGGGACUAUGCCAAUGCCACAUAAACUCAGCGUUGAUGGAAUGGAUUCUACCAUUUCCACCAGGCCCGGCGGUGUGGACACCAUGGGGGAGAGAUGUGGGUUCGUACUGUUCCCAUGUCCCCAGCCCUGUCCCAGCUUCCAAAGACCCUGCUUGUAUUUGCACAUCACUAAUGAACCAUAAUCUUAUUUUCCUUCAUUCCCUGUUUUCCGGCCAAAGGAGCCUCAUCACUCAUUACAGGAAGUGAUCCUGGGGCCGCUGAGUCUCAGCCUGUUGCUAUCUGAUGGCAUCACUGUAAUCUCAACUCAGAUUAAGAGAGGAGGGCAGGCCACCAGAUGGCUAUAUAGAGAGUGGAAGAAAGAGAGAUGGAGUGAGACAUCAUGGGAGUGAGGCUGAGAGAAAAAUAGAGAAACGCAUUAGAGAAGAGAGAGCUGCGUGGGAGAGCUAGGCCUGUGCAAUGUAGAGCCUAAUCCAAUAAAUAAAAACUCUUGAAUUGGCCAAAUACACAUUUAUUUUCAGAGACUGUUAGCGAGCAGACAUUGAUGUUUCCCUCGGUGCUAGAGUCCAAACGAGACAAUGAACCUGCCUUCAUUCAUCCUUUAAAACACAACAAUACCAUGAGAGCCGGGCCUCGUCGCACAGCUCCCAAUACGUCACGUGGAAUAUUUGGAAUAUUUCAAAUGGUUAAAAUGACCCCCUUCACAUGUAGCGAAAGACUGAGGACUCACUACCAUGAAUGUGUUGAUGACAUGGAUGCUUCACUGGUGAACAGUAUACUGGUCAAUGAACCGUGGUUUUAAACCGGGGAAUAUCUGGAUACCAGUCUUACCUUAUUUUUCUACUGAUGCUACUUAAACAUUGUGCCUUAUAAAGCUGUACAUUGGAAUGCAGACUUUUGCAGACUGUAAAAAAUAUAUAUUUUCCUUAUGAUUAUUCGAGACAAUUGAGUAUAUGAAAAGCCAAACCUCCAAUAGUGUUUUAUACAUAAUAUCCCAAACACUUUUAUUUUCUACAUGUUUGACUGUACGGUUCAGCCAAAACGUAUGGAUGUUGGGAGUGGAGAAGAGGACUGGAAGAACCCAACUGUAAACCAGCUAAUACCAGCCAGAGCUCUGUCUGGGCUGAUCAAGAUAAAUCACAGGAAUCAGAAAAGUUUCAGAGUCUGAAAAACAGAGGACCAGAAACGAGAAUCUAUUAUCACUGAAACAACUUCUCUGCUCCCGAUUUCACUACUUUUCUUUUUGUCAGGCUGGGGUUCAAUCGGUUUCUGUUUCAGUCAACAACAGUUUUUGUUUUGCAAGGCGACAAUGUAGAGUUGAAUGCUGAAACUAGGCUACAUAACAGUACGCUACCCAGGUUAUCUUCUUGGUGUUCUGCCCCCUGUCCGUUUAGCCUGUCAUGGCAUAGGGGCCUAAAGGGAACAGGAUGGAACUGCUGCUUGCUGCUGGUCUUCUUCCAAAGAAUGUAGACAUAAACCACCCGUAUCCAUUCUCCCGACUAACUGCACUGUGUCAAACCAUCCAGCUGCCUUUCAGAUCUGUGCUAUGAGAUCUUAAAAUGCAAUUAUACGUCUCUACUGUUUCAAUGCUGCCUUAUUAGCUUCAGUGUCUGUGGAUUGCAGAAAGACAUGUAGAGCAUAUAGUUCCAUUCACAAGUGUUUCACAUUCACCUCAGUCAUCACAAAAAGUGAAUCUGAAUCUGAAAGUGAAUCUGAGCAAAUUGGACUGAAUGGAGUCACUGACCAAUGAAGUUAAUCUAAUAGAAACCCAGUAGUAGACAAUGGCGUUUGAAGAGGGAAAAAGUGGUCCAUUAGCCCCUCCUAGUGGAGACACAGAUUACUGCACAGAGCUCUAUGCUGUUCUAUAGACCCCUUUCUGUGUUUGCAAACAUUACCUCAUGAAGGAGAUACACACAAGUUGGUGGCAGAACACGGGUGUUCUUAUAGAACGGCAGCAAGUGCAUUUCACACUACUUUUGGAUUAUAAUUGGAUUUAAGGCGUGUAUGAAUGUCCUGCUUAAUAUAAUGUUUGUGUCAUUAUCGCAAAUCAACUGGAUUAUACUUAAAAAACACUUCAACUUCAACCAGUAAAAUGGCUCUUUGGCUUGCUUUUGCUACCGCCUAUGUCAAUGAGCGUUAGCAUUCUAGCUAACAACUGCUGCAUCCAAAAUAGUUAUUUUGCGAAGAUCACAACCAAAUAUAAUCUUAGCGACUGUUCAAGCUAGAAUCAAAACAUAAUUGUAAGCAUAUGCGAAACCCAAAAAGUAAUUUUGUUUAGAAGUAAUAACUUACAUAUAGGCUAUGUUGAAUUGCUGUCAACUACGAAACAUCAAAUGUUUCCCAUUGCAUGCCUUAAUGAAUAUGACCCAUGUCAAUGUUCUGUCUCUAUUGACUGAUCUACCUUCAAACAUUUACCUCUCAGGAAUCUGUUGCAUCACCAGCUGUCCACAAUCAGUGACUUAACGAAACUGUUGUCUUUUCUUCACUUUUUAAAAUAAAUUGUGUUUAUGUUGGGAUAUUUUUAUAUAUUCAAUUGUGUUUUAGAACUUGUUUUGACCAGUGGGUUGAUUUUACAUUUCAAUGUUAGUGCCAUUCGCUCUGUCCAUAUUUGACCUGAUUGGUCACUUGCUAUGGUUCCAUUGGUUCUAUGUUCUAUGCAGAACCAUAUCUUUACAUAUGCUUUUUCCUAGGUCAACAUUAUACCAUAUAAAUAGUUGCAGUAUUGUAAGUGCUUCAUCCAGACAUUAUCGAUACAGUUUGGUUACCUUUAUUUGUUUGGUUACCUUUAUUUGUACACCCAAGGGUGUACACACACACACACACACACACACACACACACACACACACACACACAGAGUAGAGAACAUUCCUCUAUCUAGCUGUUGUCCUCAUUUGUAUUUAAUUGUGGUCUUACCUACCUACAGACAGAUAACUGAGUGCCAAACUCUACUGAAAGGCAAAAAGAUGACCUGUAUGUGCCUUUAUUUUGAUGAAACCAAAGAAAGAUGUGUUUUAUGGUGAAAAGUGUUUGUCAUAAUGAGAGAAGGAAGAUUGUUUGUAUAUUUGCCUUAAAUUGUUCUACAAUAAAUCUGUAAAAGUGUUCUUGUCCCCCAA